GGACUUUCUCUGUGGCUUUGACCUAGAAGAGAGUCCUAGUAGCCAUUCUCACUAUCCCAGGAGAGGCUCCCUCCAAUGUCUGGGGCUCCUAUUCUUGCCUGAGUGUGUCUAUGUCUCUCGCUCGCUGUCUCUCUCUCUCUCUCUCUCUCUCUCUCUAUAUAUAUAUAUAUAUAGGCACCUAAUGCUGGUUGGAGAAAUAAAUUGGGUCAUCGCCAACAUAAGAUGUACCAGCCUUGGCUAACACAUAGAGAUUUCUAUUUAUUUAUUUUUUUAAAUCUCAGAGCCUGUAGAAGCUAGAAAUAUAAUGUUUUUUGGCUCUUAGCUGAGAAAUCAAAUUCUGUCAUUGUCUGGGUUAAUUAUUAGAUAAAAAAUCCAAGUCAAACCAUAACAAAUAAUAACCGUGGUAUAUGGAAUAAACUGCCAUCAGUCCCAGUACUGUGUGAAACCUGGAGGUAUAACACAGAAAUUAUAAAUGUAAGCAUUUAUCAACAUCUCCGAACAGUUAUUUUUGUCUUGAACAACAAUCAUUUGUUUGAAAUCACUGUCAUCUAAUGGUCUUGUUUAAGAAACAAUAACUCAAACAUGAUUUUCUUUGGACAUAGCUUUCAAAAAAUAGUUCCCUUUAGAAUUUUUAACUGAGUUUUCAUUUUCAGCUAUCCUGUCCAUUCUCUGAGGAAAUUCCAGGGGAAUGUUACAUUCUAUCCUCUCCUGCCAGGCCCUUCUUUAUAUAUAUAUGCAAAGGGGAAACUUCCCUAGCUUGGAUUGGUUGGGGCACAGGCAGAAGGCUUCUGGGUCCAGCCCCCAUCGGGUGGGCAGAAGCCAUUUUCAGGGGUGCUUGCUAGGUUCUGUGGAAGCCACCAGUAACCCAGUCCUUUCCCAGUUUUCUCCUUUUGAGGGAAGUGAGGGCAGGGGAAAAAAUCAAAAAGCAGGGAAGAGAUUAAGGAAGUUGUCGGCAGAUUCCUAGGAGGGCAUUUCUACCCCCCCCCCAAGUCCUGAACCCCAUGAGCCUGCAUUGACCAGAGUUUUACAGAUCUUACAAACAUCCUCUGGAAAUUCAACCAAAUUGUAUAAAUAGUCUUUUUUCAGCCUCCACAGAAUUGAGGAUUUUAAACCUAAUUCAAGGAUUUUACAAGCCCAACAAAUACAGUUGUAAAAAUGCCAUUGGAAAGAUAUCACAUUUUACAAAAUGAGAUUGAUCAAUGUGCUGUAAAAGUCAACUAUCUCGAAGGCACACCUUUCAAGCAAGGAAAAGCAACCCAGGACAAGCUUUUCUCGUCCUGUCUGGGGAAGGCCAGGCCUGGGACCACGGUAAAAAGCAAUGCAAGCGGUUCCUGGAGCCCUUGAAACAGCUAUUCCUGGUAUUAAAGCAACUGCAGGCGGCAGGCCCCCAACAGUCCCAGGAAAGGCAUGGAAAAGGGUACACUCCAGCAAAGAGCGCGCUGUGGGGAGGCCCCCCAACCAAGCACAUCAGUGAUCUCACAGCCUUGGGACAUCCCAGGUGCCCUCUAUGCCUGGCAGGGCAGGGACCUUGGGUCGCUGUGCCUCUGAAAUGAGGACAGAGAUUCCGCAUCUGGAUCUGUCUCAGCUCUGAGCAGUCCGGGUGUCGGGAGGGAGAGUCCCAAGUGCUGGGAGAGGGGAGCAGGUCCCAUGGCUGGCUUUGGAGCUUAGUCUCAAGGUCACUCCUCUGUAGGUCCCUUUCUUGUUGAAACCAGUGGUUUCUGGCCUCUCAGUUCCUGGGUUCAAAGAUGGGACCCGGACGCACAGCUUGUGGGGUGCUUUGAGGCCACGCAAUCGCUGGCCAUUGGAGGGGAGCCCGUGGGAACUUAAAGGAGACGUGUUGUCUGUGGGAGGAUGGGGCCAGUGGGGGAAGACGUUAGGCCCAUCCUGGUCAGCUGGAGGUGAGCCUUCCGCACCCAGCGGCAGCGAGGCCCAGGCCCUUGGUGGGUGUGGGGAAGGAGAGCAAGAAGGGAUGCACCGAUUCCUAAGGUGCAGGAGUGAGGAGCAGGGCGUGAAGGCCUGGUUUCUCAGACCCCCUUAUUCAACUCCGGAACGCACACCCACCGGUAGGGGGGUGCAGAGGGAGGGGCAAACUCAGGGCCCCGGCGCAAGGGCAGGCCGACGGGGAGCAAAGCCUUCGUUGUCACCGCCCCUCCGGGCGCGGGGCUGUCAGGUUUCCUGUUUGGAAAGAAAAACCGGCAAAAUCGAACUAGGCAAGAAGGGGAGGAGGAAGGAGCGGGUCUGGCGGGGGCCUUUGGUGCGGCCCGGACUCUCGUGCCCCUACCCCGGCCUGAUUCGCACGUCCCUAUCCGGGCUGUGCCCGCCGCUGGCGUUCGGGAGGAGAGCCGGGCCGGCUGGCUGUGCGCGCCCAUUAAUCUGCCGGGCGGGCGGCGGGCGGCGGGUGGCGGGCGGCGGGCGGGCGGGCUGGGGGCUGUUUGUAACUUUGCUGCCUCGGUCGCCGCGGUCCCCGGGGAGCGGGCUCCAGCGCUCGCUCCCAUUGGCCGCCGCCGCGUCAGCUGGUGCGAUUUGCUGCUGUCGCUUUUGGCGUUCGGCCAUCCAGAAACAAACCAGUUCGAUGACUACUAAUAGUUAUAGCCAGAUGUACUAAUACACAACAAAUCACAGUCCUGCAGAGGGGCGCGCAAAUGAGUUCCUAUUUUGUGAAUCCCACUUUCCCCGGGAGCCUGCCCAGCGGCCAGGACUCCUUCUUGGGCCAGCUGCCCCUCUACCCGGCCGGCUAUGACGCGCUGAGGCCCUUCCCGGCCUCGUACGGGGCGUCGAGCCUCCCGGACAAGACGUACACCUCACCUUGUUUCUACCAACAGUCCAACUCGGUCCUGGCCUGCAACCGGGCGUCCUACGAGUACGGGGCCUCGUGCUUCUAUUCUGAUAAGGACCUCAGUGGCGCCUCGCCCUCGGGCAGUGGCAAGCAGAGGGGCCCCGGGGACUACCUGCACUUUUCUCCCGAGCAGCAGUACAAACCCGACAGCAGCAGCGUGCCGGGCAAAGCCCUCCAUGACGAAGGCACCGACCGGAAGUACACGAGUCCUGUUUACCCCUGGAUGCAGCGGAUGAACUCCUGCGUGGGUGCUGUGUAUGGGAGUCACGGGCGCCGAGGCCGCCAGACCUAUACACGCUACCAGACGCUGGAGCUGGAGAAGGAGUUCCACUUCAACCGCUACCUGACGCGGCGCCGCCGCAUCGAGAUCGCCAACGCGCUCUGCCUCACCGAGCGCCAGAUCAAGAUCUGGUUCCAGAACCGCCGCAUGAAGUGGAAAAAGGAAAAUAAACUCAUCAAUUCCACACAGCCCAGCGGGGAGGACGCUGAGGCAAAGGCGGGCGAGUAAACGCCUGGGCAGGGACCAGGCCAGCGCCGCAACCUCCCUCGGCUUUGCCCCUUUGCCUUCGCCUGCUCCCCAACUUUUCUCCCCCGCCUGCUCCCAUCCGGGGGGCUUCUGCAGCUUCAGGGGAGCAGGAGCUUUUCAAACGCCUGAGCAUUUAUUUCUUACCAAAAAAAAAAAAAAAAAAUCUACACACAGCCAAUCCCAGCAGUGGAGCGAGGCGCACUGCACAUACAGUCCCGCUCUCCAAGGCUGCCCUAGUCGGCUCCGGAUCCCAGGGCGCUCCCCGAUUUCGUCCCCGGCUCUUGUGCCAGCGCCUUUGCGUGCCCCUGAGCUCGGGACGCGGGGUUGCUGGAGAGGAAAGAACCUGGGUCGAGCCCUUUUUGGUGUCUGGGCGUUUCCGCCUCGGUCCCUCGCCACCAAGUCGCGGAGGUCACCACAGAAUCGACUCAGGCCACUGGAAAGAGGGGGCCUAAAGGCUGGGGCCCCAGCACUACCGUGGCAUCCCAGGCCGCUCCUAGACAGGAAGAAGCGUGAGGAACAAAGGGGACCCUGAGACAGCCUCCUCUCUCGGCCCCGCGCGCAACCGUCCGUGGAAGAGAAGCCGCCUCAGCCGAGCCGACCUAACCUGGGCGCGAGCGGAACUUUACAGCCCCCGGAGAGACUGGGCUCCCGAAGGCUCCAGCUCCGGAUCCCGGAUCCCCGCCUCCGAUAGUGCCUGCGCUUCUACCACAGUGGCUUUCAGGACCUAAGGAGGCGGCUCAGGACCCUGGGAACGGCAAAAGUCCUGGUUUCCAAAUGUGCCAGGGGUGCCUGCGACGCUCAGCCUCCAGCGGGAAGUACUCCCCAGGCCUUUCGGCUGUGUUUGUGAUUUACUUUCGUCUUUCAGGACCCGGGAAAAUAUCUACGAAGAUACUAGGCACUGCCACGAAAUGUUUCCAUUAGCACCCUCAUCUUACUCCUGGAGGUGUAAGCCAGACCCUAAUAAUUCGGCCCAAGGAUCCCCAGCCUCCCAGCAGCUCCUGUGGCUGCGGGGAGUCUGGGCCCACUCGGUGGGUUCAGCGAGAACCCUCCGACUUGGGGCCCGGCUGCCUCGAGGAAAGGGACCUGGUGGGGAAGAUUCUCCAGAUUGGAUACUUAAAGCAAAUCAAAUAGCGAACUAAUGACACGAAAACCAUAUUUACACGAAAGAAAAAUCGACUCCGGUUAUAAAAGUGUAUGGAAUCUGACCUCGCCUCGGAGAAACACUACACAAAAGCUAUCUUUAAUAGACGCCUGUCAUUUAAGAGCGGCAGGGACGCUGUCCCUCAUGCACUCACA